AAGUGGCUGUGCGUGUGACGCCGGCGGCGGGGGACCUGGGGCAGAGAGCGGUUCGCGCGCUUCGGGCCUAGUCCGGACUCACCGCCGCCGCCGCCAUAUUCCCGUGGCAUCUUUCUUACCCUGUCCAUUUUCCGGGCUCGAGAUCUUCCUUCCGGAGCCAUGUCAGAAGGAGUGGACUUGAUUGAUAUAUAUGCUGACGAGGAGUUCAAUCAGGACCCAGAGUUCAACAACACAGAUCAGAUUGACCUGUAUGAUGACGUGUUGACAGCCACCUCACAGCCCUCAGAUGACAGAAGCAGCAGCACUGAGCCGCCACCUCCUGUUCGCCAGGAGCCAUCUCCCAAGCCCAAUAACAAGACCCCUGCAAUUCUCUACACCUACAGUGGCCUGCGUAAUAGGCGAGCUGCUGUCUAUGUGGGCAGUUUCUCCUGGUGGACCACAGACCAGCAGCUGAUCCAGGUUAUUCGCUCUGUAGGAGUCUAUGAUGUGGUGGAGUUGAAAUUUGCCGAGAAUCGAGCAAAUGGCCAGUCCAAAGGGUAUGCUGAGGUGGUGGUAGCCUCUGAAAACUCUGUCCACAAAUUAUUGGAACUUCUGCCAGGAAAAGUUCUUAAUGGAGAAAAAGUGGAUGUGAGGCCAGCCACCCGCCAGAACCUGUCACAGUUUGAGGCACAGGCUCGGAAACGUGAGUGCGUCCGAGUCCCAAGAGGGGGAAUACCUCCACGGGCCCACUCCCGAGAUUCUAGUGAUUCUGCUGAUGGACGGGCCACACCCUCUGAGAACCUUGUACCCUCAUCUGCCCGUGUGGAUAAGCCCCCCAGUGUGCUGCCCUACUUCAAUCGCCCUCCUUCAGCCCUUCCCCUGAUGGGUCUGCCCCCACCCCCAAUUCCACCCCCACCACCUCUCUCCUCAAGCUUUGGGGUCCCUCCUCCUCCUCCUGGCAUCCACUACCAGCAUCUCAUGCCCCCUCCUCCUCGAUUACCUCCUCAUCUGGCUGUACCUCCCCCUGGGGCCAUCCCACCUGCCCUUCACCUCAAUCCAGCCUUCUUCCCCCCACCAAAUGCCACAGUGGGGCCUCCACCAGAUACUUACAUGAAGGCCUCGGCACCCUAUAACCACCAUGGCAGCCGAGAUUCGGGCCCUCCGCCCUCUACAGUGAGUGAAGCAGAAUUUGAAGAGAUCAUGAAGCGGAACAGAGCAAUUUCCAGCAGUGCCAUUUCCAAAGCUGUUUCUGGAGCCAGUGCAGGAGUCUGGUUGGAAGCAAAUGUUUUUUUAAUGGACUUGCAUCUCCUCACCUUGAUCAGGACUAAAGGACGGAGGCCGCUCCACCCCUUCCCCUUCCUCCAAGCCCCUAACCCCUUCCAGACACCCACAGGGAAUACCCUCUGCCCUACAAGACUGAAGAUUGCCUGGCAGCCCUCCCAGUCCCGCUCCUGUUUGCCAGGGUAAAGAACCUGAAGACUUCAUGUGGUUGGGAGGGUGGCAGACAGGAAGAAACCACGUCCAGGUCCCUGGUCUCCAUAGAGAACGGUGCUUUGUCCAAGGAAACGUAUGAGUUUCUGAUUCUCCAGGAGCAGUUCAGUGGUGAGGUUGAUGGGAAGACAUCCUUCCCAAAGAAAACGGAUCCUCCCUGUGGGAUCUAGGAGAGUGACUGGGUGUGCCAAAAUAUGCCCAGGGUCCUGCCCUCAGCACUAGGUUUGGUGGGGCGAAGAGGGUCCAAACCCCUUGCUAACGUACCACUUCUCUAACUCCUUUACCUUCCCAGCCCUUUGAGGAGGGACCAUGAGAACAGCAAUUACUUUAUGGAAAGCUUCUCCUGUUCUUGCUUUUCCCUCUUACUUAUUGACGGUUUGUUUCCCUGACCUUCCAGGGGGCUACAACCCUUUUAACCCCCUGCUGCCCAGCCUGCUCAGUGGACUUGCCUCUCCUCAGCAGAGCAGGCCCAUGGGGUUGCCUUCUGCUGGGGGGCCUGGCAGAGCCGACUACCACCCUCUGCUGCUGCUUGCUUGGUUGCCUCUUGCAAUAACCAGCUCCAACAGAUGUUCCCUUUCCCCGGGGCUUUUCCAUUUCACACGUGGAGCCCUUCCCCCAAGAAGGCUGCUUCCUUGUUUUAGAGGAAGGUACUGCCAUUGGGAGUCGGGGACAUCGGACCUCAGCAGUGAAGAACCCUUGUGAAAUACUAGGAGUGGGGAAGGAGGCAAGUUGGGCAGGAUAUGGCCUACUUCCAUAGGCUUUUCUUUUUUCAGGUUUGAUGUGAGCAUGGGCUUGCAUCCUCCAGGUACAUACUUUUACUUAUUGUGGGAUAACCUGGCACUAGUAGGUAAAGUCACAAAUUUGGUAUUUUUUCACCUUUUGAAUUUUGACUUAAUAGCUCCCCUCGCUCUGCCUGGAGGUACUUGCUGCCUCGCAUAAGGAGCAAGGAAGAAGUGGAGCCUGACUUUAACGAGCUCAGCUCAGAAUUCUAAGGACCACCACCCUGGGGGCCAUUUUCCACACAGGCAAAUGGAAUUGCUUUUCCCAUAACAUCCAGAUUGUGAGGCGCUGCUGCUGAAAGCAGCAGCAGCAACAGGGUCCUGCGGUACCCACGGGGCGACGGAUGCUACUUCCGCGUGCGUCUGUAGGGCACGUGACAUCGAACAGGAAACGUGGCACGUGGGAUGUAGGGUCGCUGGAGACCCUUCUGGCUCAGAGGGGAGAGACUGAGCUGGACCGAAGCCUUCCUUUGUUCCCUGCACGUUUCUGACAUAGCCCUCGCUCAGUCACCGAGGGAGUCCCCCAGGGUUGGAGAGGCACAUUCCCUUGGGACAGAGGCUACAGGUUUGUAGCUUUUUUCCCCCUGUCCCCCAACCCCAUCCCCACCUCCACUUCAGAAUAUGGCACCCCGCCCAGCCGGCCAAGCGUUAAGUGAUGUGCUUAUCCUCGAGAGCAGCUCCGGGUGUCUUUUUAAUGUAGAGAAAACCAAGUAAGGUGACAGUUUAAGGAGAAAAAAAUAUAUAGAAUACCAGAAAAGCCGUUUACCCGGAGAAUUUUUUUCUCCCCGUUUUGUUUUUACUCAAUGACACAAUUUUUAGUUUUAUUUCCUGAUAGCAAAAGGAAAAAAACCCAACCCUCAAAAAGGCCAAGGCCCCGUCCCCCUGUUGUUGGUGAUUUGUUUGUCUUUCCAAUAGGUUGAAAAUUGUGUAAUAAACUUGAUGACACUGUCAAUCUUU